AUGACAUCUGAUGAUUCCACAACAACAACAACAGUAGCUGCAGCAGCAGAAGCAACAACAACAACAGUAGGUGUGAGUAGUGACCCCGUUGAUCAUUCAGAAAGGCAUUUUCGUGCCCGAACGCAUCAAACAAAUAUUGGAGAUGCAAAAAAAGGUGUAGCCUUUAAAGAGUUUAGACGCUCAUGGUUGACGCCUUUCUUUGGUGCUAAUGAACCAGAGCCUUUACUCUCAUCAGGAGCUCCGCACCCUUGCAAGUAUUUUAGCCGUCAGGUGCAUGAGUGUUUGGAACUAAACAACAACAAUGUUGAUUUCUGCCAGACAAAGUUGGCGCUAUUUCAGUCAUGCCUAGUUGAGUUUGACUUGUAG